AUGGAACAUAAACUUCGGUUUGACGGACGUACUGUCAUCGUUACUGGCGCCGGAGGUGGCCUCGGACGUGCAUAUGCUCUCGCUUUCGCUGUACGAGGUGCUAACGUUGUUGUUAAUGAUCUUGGUGGUUCACGGGCCGGUGAUGGAUCCUCUACUGCUGCUGCUGAUAAAGUUGUAGAUGAAAUUAUUCGUGCAGGUGGUAAGGCGGUUGCAAACUAUGAUUCUGUAGAUAAUGGUGAAAAAAUUGUCGAAACUGCUGUUAAAGCAUUUGGCCGUGUGGACAUUGUAAUUAACAAUGCUGGAAUUUUACGUGAUAAAUCAUUUUCAAGAAUGACAGAUCAAGAUUGGGAUUUAAUUCAAACUGUUCAUGUUCGUGGUUCAUACAAAGUUACCAAAGCUGCUUGGAAUCUCUUUCGAAAACAAAAAUUUGGAAGAGUUAUCAAUACAGCUUCGGCCGCUGGUAUAUAUGGUAAUUUUGGUCAAGCUAAUUACAGUGCAGCUAAGCUAGCAUUGGUCAGUUUCACUGAAACACUCGCCAAAGAAGGUGUUAAGGAUAAUAUUCGUGCUAAUGUAAUCGCACCAAUUGCUGCGUCACGUAUGACUGAAACUAUAAUGCCGCCGGAUAUUCUUGCUUCCCUUAAACCUGAUUAUGUUGCUCCCCUUGUCUUAUAUUUAUGCCACGAAUCGACUGAAGAGACCGGUAGCUUGUUCGAAGUUGGAGCUGGUUUUAUCGCUAAACUUCGGUGGGAACGUUCCAAAGGCGCCUUAUUUAAAACUGAUGAAUCAUUUUUACCGGGCUCUGUGAUCGCUAAAUGGCCGGAAAUUACUGAUUUUUCUCAACCACAAUAUCCUACUUCUAUGACUGAUACUAAUUUUGUUAGUUUAAUUGAACAAGCAAAUGCUUUACCAUCUAACCCUAGAGGAGAAGAUCUCCGAUUUGACGGUAAAGUUGUCGUUGUUACCGGUGCCGGUGGUGGAUUAGGUAGAGCCUAUGCAAUUCUAUUUGGACGACUAGGUGCCUCCCUUGUCGUAAAUGAUUUGGGUGUUAGCACUCAGGGCGCGGGAUCAUCAUCCAGUGCUGCAGAUAAAGUUGUUGAGGAAAUACGUCAAGCUGGUGGUAAGGCCGUGGCUAAUUAUGAUUCUGUGGAAGACGGUGAUAAAAUAAUUGAGACUGCCAUAAAAGCUUAUGGACGUGUUGACGUUAUUAUUAAUAAUGCGGGUGUCUUGAGAGAUAAAUCUUUCGCUAGAAUGACUGAUAAUGAUUGGGAUUUAGUACAAAAGGUUCAUUUACGUGGUACUUAUAAAGUUACAAAAGCCGCUUGGCCUUACUUUACAAAACAAAAAUAUGGUCGUAUAAUAAAUACAUGUUCUACUGUUGGUCUUUAUGGCAACUUUGGGCAAGCUAACUACAGUGCUGCAAAGCUUGGAAUCCUUGGGUUCAGUAAUACACUUGCAUUGGAAGGUCGUAAAAAUAAUAUUCUUGUAAACACUAUUGCACCUACUGCUGGAACCCGUAUGACAGCUACUAUUUGGCCACCAGAAAUGGUUGAAGCUUUUAAACCGGAUUAUGUUGCACCUUUAGUCGCUUCUCUUUCACACGAUUCGUGUCCUUCAACUGGAAAUGUAUUUGAAGUUGGUGGUGGAUGGAUUGCUCAAGUUCGUUGGCAACGUUCAGGUGGUAUUGGCUUUCCUACUUCCAAACCUCUUUUGCCAGAAGAUAUUUCUGCAAAAUGGGAUGUCAUCACGAAUUUUUAUGAUGGUCGUGCUACACAUCCCAAAUCUACACAAGAAGCUCUUCAACAGUUCUUUGAAAAUUUUGCCAAUGCUCAAUCAUCUGCAACUUCUGAACCUACAAAAAAAUCCGCAACAUCCGGAAAAAUUGAUGUAGAUGCAGCUAAAAAAUAUAAAUUUGAUUCAUCCGAAUGCUCAUACCAAGAGCGAGACGUAAUGCUUUACGCAUUAAGUGUUGGUGCCACUCGAAAGGAUUUGCAAUGGGUUUAUGAAAAUAAUGAAAAUUUUCAUGUUUUACCAAUAUUUGGUGUUAUUCCAGCAGUUAAUCAAUUAGGUUCUGUCCCGCUUACGUCAAUAUUGGGUGACUUCAAUUUCAUGAUGCUAUUACAUGGUGAACAAUAUCUUGAACUCAAGAAACCCAUUCCAACAUCUGGCAAAUUCAUUUCAACUCCGCGUCUCAUUGAUGUUCUUGAUAAGGGUAAAGGAGUAUCAGUCAUUCUUGGUGUAACUACCAAAGAUGAAAAAGGUGAAGUCUUAUUUGAAAAUGAAUCAACCUUAUUCAUACGUGGAAUUGGUGGCUUUGGUGGUCAAAAAACUGGUGCUGAUCGGGGUGCAGCCACAGCGCCAAAUACACCACCAAAACGUCCUCCGGAUACAAUUGUAAGGGAAAAAACUCUUGAAUCGCAAGCUGCCCUAUAUCGCCUAAACGGAGAUUAUAAUCCAUUGCAUAUCGAUCCUAACAUGUCUGCGAUGGGUGGUUUUGAAGUACCAAUUCUUCAUGGAAUGUGUACUUAUAGUAUAUCCGGCAAGCAUGUGUAUACAAAGUAUGGCAACAGCGAUCCCAACAAUUUUAAGAGUAUAAAGGGUCGGCUUGCCGCACCAGUUUUUCCUGGCGAAACGCUUGAAACACAAAUGUGGAAGGAAGGAAAUAAAAUCAUCUUUCAAACACGCGUUGUUGAACGAGAUGUCAUUUGUCUUGCAGCUGCAGCAGUUGAACUAAGGGGUUCUAAUGUCUCUCCCAAAUUGUGA